AUGUUGUACCCUGGUCCAACAGAGGAUUUGAAGGACAAACUGUCGGAGCUGAAGAAGUCGUUUGCCAAAAAUUUCAUAACUUUCCAAACCAAACUGCUUAAAACAGAAGAGCCAAAGCAUCACAAAGUGCCUCUAAUUAACGGUGAAGCGGACGAAGAAACGGUGCGCAGAAUAAACGACCCAGUUCUACACAAUAUUGUCAUUGAUGUAUUAGAAGGGGUCCAGGCCAUCCGACAGGAAAUGCUUGUGCAGGAGCAU